AUGCAAGGUGUUCUAGAAUUAUUCUUUCAAGUCAUUGGAAUCAUGGUAACUUAAUUCUUUCAUCAGGAGAAUUUUUAUUGUUACAUAUGUACAUCGAUAAAAUAUUUUCAGUGUGUGAUAAUUUAUGGCGCCCAAAUGGUCUGGUUCUUGAUCUCAAAACCACUCAAAACACUUUGGGAAUAUUUUUCCGGUAAAGAAAAUGAUUGCGAGAUGGAUGAAGAUGUUAGAAAAUGGUUUAUUGUUGAAAAAUGUGGAGAUCUCACUUAUGUUAAACUUCGAAACUAUGGAGAACUUGGGUUCAUUGAGGUAAAAUGUUCUGGAAUUUAUUUUGUUCUCAAAAAAAAAACUUUAAUGUUCAGCGAAGUUACAAGAAGAAAUUCUUCCUCUCAAAAUUGUUGGACUACGGUAGAUUGAUGACUGAAUUUAUGACAAAUUCGAGAUUGGUUAGAGAAUUGGAGAGAAGAGAAUUUGAUAAUUCAGUAAUCGAAAAUGAUGAUUCUUAUUCAGAAGUGAGUUUCUGAUAUACAAAAAAAUUCUAGAGGAACAUUUGACAUAUAUUUUUUUAGGGUGAAGACAGUGACAACGACGAAGUUUGGGUUUAA